AUGGAGGAAAGAUUGCCUUGGGUGUGGACAAAGCAUGAUGGUUUGAUGGGUGCAACUUCCCAUGCUCAAGCAUCAAUGAACCCUAUUUUUGGUGAUUCUUGGGAGGAAAAAGCAUUCGCAGAAGAUGCAUCUGGAGGUCUUGGAGGGUGCAUAUGGCCACCAAGAUCGUAUUCUUGCAGCUUUUGCAGAAGAGAGUUUAGGUCAGCCCAAGCCUUAGGAGGUCAUAUGAAUGUCCAUAGGAGGGAUAGGGCUAGGUUAAAGCAACUCCCAUCUCCUCACACUGAAAGUCUAUCUUAUGGUCAUGAUCUUGAGGUGAAUAAGCCUAUAGUUUCUCAUGUUCAUCAAUACCCAUCUUGGGUUGGGUAUCAAGAAGCUUACAACCCUAAAGCUGAUCAAGAACAAUAUGAUGAUGGAGUUUCCGGGUUACCCAUGUCAUUACCUUCUAGUGUUUCAAUACAAGGUAAGCUAGAUCUUGAAGAGAACCAAAAGAAACCAUCCAUAUUGUUGUGUUCAUGGCCAAAUCUUUCUAACGACAAGAACUCACAAGUCCUAGAUCAUGAAACAAGGACUAUUGAUUUGUCUAUCAAUUUGAACUUAGUCCAUACGAAACGUCCGCCUUCUCCUCCCCGUGGAGAAGAAGAAGAGGAGUUUGUGGGUUUGAAGAGGAGAAGAAUCGAAUCAUCUUUGAUACCUAUGAUCAUUCCGAAACCAACUUUAGUUGGUAGGGGUCAUCGACUAGAAGGACUCGAAAUUCAUAGCCCAGGCUUAAUGGAGGGACUAGAUCUUGAGCUAAGACUUGGUGAUCCGCCUAAGGUAAAGUAG